AUGACUGAAACCGCACGAAAUCGUCUUAUUGAGCCCCAUCGUAACUUGGAAACAUUUUCAUUGAUUUGGUGUGAUGCAGAUGUCGAUCGAACAAAAGAAAAUCAACACACACAAUCAACCUUACGUAGUACAAUCAAUUAUCUCAAAGUCUUUGACAAUAUCGAUAUAAGCGAGGAAUAUAUUAAACAAAAUCCGGAUAAUAAAAUUGUUUUGAUUGUUUCUGGUAAGAUGGGUGAACAACUUGUACCCCAUAUUCAUGAUCUCAAACAAAUACACACAAUAUAUGUUUAUUGUACAAACAAUGCAUAUCACGAAAUAUGGGCAAAAAAUUUUCCAAAGAUUGCCUCGGUUGUUGUAACGAUGAAAGAUUUGAUUAAAUAUAUCUCUGAUGAUCAUAUUCACCGACGAGAAAUAGAUGAAGCUGAAAUGAAAUGUAGUAUAUUCAAUCCAGCUACUUCUCAGCAACAGGAAUCAAAUGCAAGUUUUAUAUGGUUUCGACUUUUAAUCGAGAACAUAAUGCGACUGACUGAAGGACCAUCAAUACCAGAACUUAUUCAAAUUGCUACACAGCAAUAUGAUGGCAAUGAAAAGGAAAUAGCAAUGAUUGAUGAUUUUUCAUCGACUUAUUGUGCAGCCAAAUCAUUAUAUUGGUAUACACGAGAAUCGUUUCUCUAUCGUUGGCUCAACAAAUGUCUUCGAGAAACCGAUAUCGAUAUGAUAGUUUAUUUUCGUUCGAUCAUACGAGAUAUAAGUCAACAAUUAGCUUUAGAAAAAUCGUUUGAUGAACCAAAAAUUACUGUUUAUCGAGGACAACUUCUUGGUAAACAGGAAUUUAAUUCAAUCAGAUCAAGUGAAUUAUCAUACGUAGUUAUGAAAUCAUUUUUAUCAACAUCGAAAAAUCGUGUUAAAGCUUUAGAAUUUGCUAAGCAAACACCGCCAUCCGAUAUAUUAGAAGUUCUCAUGUUAGAAAUCGAAGUGGAUACAAAAUUACGACUGAUCAAACCAUUUGCUGAUAUAUCAUAUUUAAGUGAUUUUAAAGAAGAAGAAGAAAUUUUGUUUAGUUUAGGUUGUUUAUUUAAAGUUAAAGAAGUUGUACGUGAUGUUAAUGAAAACGUAUGGAUAAUGAAAUUGAUUUUAUGUGGUGAUGAUGAUUCAAAUGUCAUGAAAGAUGUUUAUGAUGAUUUGAAGAAUAGAAUUCAUGAAAAUGUUGAUCUUAAUUCAUUUGCUGAUUUUUUACGUGAUAUGUAUGUGGGUUUUGAAAGCGAAACCAAAUAUCGUCACCUCCAUGAAAUUUUUUCAUUACAAAAUGAUGAUGAUGAAGAUCCGGAUGUAAUGCUAUUUUUAGGCGAGGGUUAUGAUGAAGCAAUUGCCUUUUAUCAAAAAUCUAUAGACAAAUAUAUGAACUCAUCAUCAAAUAUCAAUUAUGCUCAUAUUAUCAAUAUUCAUUUUGAGAUUGCUAAGCAACAUGCUUACAAAGUUGAAAAUGCCGAUGUAGGAGUUGAUUAUCUCGAGAAAAUCAUUCAAGAUUUACAAUCCAAAAUUAACGAUUGUACUCCAUUAAAACGUGCAAACAUUUAUCUAAACAUCGGACAGUUUUAUUCAACUUAUUUGAAAAAGUAUGAGAAAGCACUUGAAUAUAAUGAAAAAUGUUUAGAUAUACGACGAAAAUUAUUACCAGACGAUAACGAAUUAAUUACUGAAGUUGAAUCAACUAUUACAAGUACUUACACAGUCAUGAAAAAUCUUGAUCACAGACUGGCAUUAAAACAAAAGAAGUUAAAGGAGCAGACACUUGAUCCAAAAGAGUUAGCCUACCUCUAUGAUGAGGUUGGUGAUAUACUUUUUUCGAUGGAGAAACUGGAUGUAUCAUUGGAAAGCUAUAAGAAAGCUUUGACUAUUCGAAAGGAUAUAUUACCAUGGUAUCAUCCGUUGAUUAUUAAAUCUUAUUCGAAUAUUACCGUUAUAUGUGAAGCGAUGAAACAUUAUGAUUUAAUGAUAAAAUAUUCAAAUAUAAAACUUGAUAUUUUGAAAAAAAUCUUACCACCACAUCAUUUUGACAUUCAUUAUCUUGAAGAACGAAUUCAAUUCAUAAAAGAUCUAUUAGAACCACCAAAGAAAAACCCACAAGAACUUGCAGUUGCUGCUUUUUAUGAUUCAGAUUUUGAUCAAGCUAUUAUAUAUUAUCAACAAAUUAUCGAUGAAGAAUUAAAAUCACCGAUUAUUAAUUAUUCUAAUAUACUCGAUAUUCAUUAUGAAAUAUCCCAAGUUUAUGCGAAAAAAGACGGUAAUCAACUUUCGGCAAUUAAUUAUCUUGAAAAAUUAAUUGAAAAUGAUUUUUCUGAUGGUACACUUCAGAGUGCAACAAUUUAUGGAAAAAUUGCUGGUAUUUAUCAUCAGUUAAGAAAUUAUGAAGAAGCACUUAAAAACUAUGAAAAAUGCUUAGAAAUACAAACGAAACUCUUACCAAUUGAUGAUCGAACAAUAUAUUACACUGAAUUCGAUGUUGAAUCGGUUCACUUAGCAAAGAUCGAUUAUGAGCAAAUGAUAGAAUUUCGAAAAAAACGUUUAGAAAUGGAAUUUAAUAAACAAUCAAAUAGAAGUUUGAAUUAUAUAGCUGAGGUUUAUCAAAGAAUUGGCUUCAUUUAUCAAGGAUACACGGCAAAAUUUGAUUUAGCGUUGAAAAAUUACAAAGCUGCACUCGAUUUUCAGAAACGAAUUUUAGCAAAAAAAUAUUCGAUCGAUACUGUCGUUACUAUUAAUGAAAUCGAAAAAUUAGUAAAACAAAUGGAAGAAUGGCCGGCUGAAAAAGAAUAA